UGUCAUGCAGCGUACAGGUACAGGAGAACAGCCUACGGGAGAAAGACGGGGCAGCAGCUCUUUUCCCUUUCACGGCUCGCUUUCAUAUCCCUCGCAUCGUACCAGCUUAGCAGAGGUUGGUUACUCCUUUUGUGGCUCACACCUAGCCGGCUCCAACUGAGAAGAAAACACCAGCCCACGCGGCUUUGGACCUACUAUCGCUUGUUCCGUCAGCGGCCUCUGGAAGGCGGCAAAGGAGAAAGGCGGAGCAGCUCCGUGUAGAGGGAGGCCGUGAACGAACGAAAGGAAGGAGGAGCAGUUGGUGCCGCCGCCGCCGCCACCACCUCUCCUGCCAGGCCAUGGCCCUGGUCGGGCCUCUUCAGUAGCCUCUGAAGAGGGGGGGGCAAAGAGCGCAGAAGUGUGGGGUGGUUCCCUUCCUGCGAAGCGCCUCCAAUGUCAAGGGAGGCGGGUGCUGGGCUCUGAGCGGCGGCGGCUUCUCGCCUUCCUCAUUCAACGUCCUCCUGUCUGCGGGGGCGCGCAACCGCCGACGCAACGCCCAGGCUCCGACUGAGGAGAGGCCGCGGCCUGCAAGAGCGGAAAGAAAAAGAGGGAGCAGGUUGCUUGCGUGUGAGGCGCAACAUGUCGAGCCAGGCCCCUGCGGCCUGGGCUUCCCAGUGGCCCCAAUAAAGCCCGGGCGGAAGAACCUCGUAUGAGGCCUCUCCGUGGUCCAGGAGGCGCCUCCGUCGGGCCCUCCUUCCCCCGCUGCUGCUGAGCAAGAAGAGACCCGCAGAAACAGCCCAGCGAGAGGGGUCCUGCUCUGCCUCGCCGUUUCCACACCGGCCCGUCCUCUGGUCUUUCCCUUCCAUCUUCGUAGACGCGCACCCGCAUACGUUACCAGUUGGAAGCGAAGGAAUGUCUUCUGCCAACUCCGCGGACAUGAUUGAAACUCCUCCAGUGCUCAACUUCGAAGAAAUUGACUACAAAGCAAUCGAGGUGGAAGAGGUUGUUGGAAGAGGAGCCUUUGGAGUUGUUUGCAAAGCAAAAUGGCGAGCAAAAGAUGUGGCCAUUAAGCAAAUAGAAAGUGAAUCUGAACGAAAAGCCUUCAUAGUAGAGCUUCGACAGUUGUCACGUGUGAACCAUCCUAAUAUUGUCAAGUUAUAUGGAGCUUGUUUGAACCCAGUUUGUCUUGUUAUGGAAUAUGCUGAAGGAGGUUCUCUCUAUAAUGUCCUACAUGGUGCUGAGCCUCUGCCUUACUACACUGCUGCACAUGCAAUGAGUUGGUGUUUACAGUGUUCCCAGGGAGUAGCAUAUCUUCAUAGCAUGAAACCGAAGGCUCUCAUUCACAGAGACCUAAAACCACCAAACUUGCUCUUGGUGGCAGGGGGGACGGUUUUAAAAAUCUGUGAUUUUGGUACAGCCUGUGAUAUUCAGACACACAUGACCAACAAUAAGGGAAGUGCUGCUUGGAUGGCACCAGAGGUUUUUGAAGGUAGCAAUUACAGUGAAAAAUGUGAUGUAUUCAGUUGGGGUAUUAUUCUUUGGGAAGUGAUUACCCGUAGAAAACCUUUUGAUGAGAUUGGUGGUCCUGCUUUUCGAAUCAUGUGGGCAGUUCAUAAUGGUACUAGGCCACCACUGAUAAAAAAUUUACCUAAGCCUAUUGAGAGCUUAAUGACUCGCUGUUGGUCUAAAGAUCCUUCACAACGACCUUCUAUGGAGGAAAUUGUCAAAAUAAUGACACAUUUGAUGCAGUACUUUCCAGGAGCUGAUGAACCUUUACAAUACCCUUGUCAGUUUUCUGAUGAAGGCCAAAGCAACUCUGCCACUAGUACAGGCUCCUUCAUGGAUAUGACUUCCACAAAUACUAGUAACAAGAGUGAAGUUAACGUGGAACCAAAUGACUUUCAAGGAACUGCUACCAAUGAUACUAUUAAACGCUUAGAGUCAAAACUGGCCCAGCAAAUGAAAAAUUCAGCAAAGCAGUCGGGAGAGCCUGGCCGCUUGAGUUUACCUCCGUCUCGUGGUAGCAGCGUUGAGAGCUUGUCAGAAGUUCGUGGGCGACCGCAGCCAGCUCUUGUUUCUGGAGAAGGCAAGCGAAUGAGUGCUGAUAUGUCUGAAAUUGAAGCAAGAAUUGCUGCUACCACCGCCUUUUCCAAACCUAAACGAGGCCAUCGUAAAACUGCUUCAUUUGGCAACAUUCUGGAUGUCCCAGAGAUCAUCAAACCAGGCAACGGACAACAGAGGCGCAGAUCUGUUCAAGACCUUAGUGUUGCUGGAACAGAUUCCAACCAGGAAAGCAGAAACAAUAGUAGAUCAUCUAGUCCUAGUGUGAGAAUGAUCACUACCUCGGGGCCAACCUCUGAAAAGCCAGCUCGUAGUCUUCCAUGGACACCUGAUGAUUCUACAGAUACUAAUGGGUCUGAUAACUCCAUCCCUAUGGCAUAUCUUACAUUAGAUCACCAGUUGCAGCCUUUAGCACCGUGUCCAAACUCAAAGGAAUCUAUGGCUGUGUUUGAACAGCACUGUAAAAUGGCACAAGAAUAUAUGAAAGUUCAGACAGAAAUUGCACUACUGUUGCAAAGAAAGCAAGAACUAAUAGCAGAACUGGACCAGGAUGAAAAAGACCAGCAAAAUACAUCACGUUUGGUACAAGAACAUAAAAAGCUUUUAGAUGAAAAUAAAAGCCUUUCUGCAUACUACCAGCAAUGCAAAAAACAGUUGGAGGUCAUCCGAAAUCAGCAACAAAAACGUCAAGGGACAUCUUGAUUCAGUGGAACUUCAAACUGACAAUGAUGCACAGAAAAACUUUUUUUUAAUUAUCCCUUAAUAUGACAACUUCUGCGUGUUCCCUUAUUGGUGUGUGCUGAAUGUAUAGACAUACCUGCAGUUCAAUAUCCUUUUUAUUUGGGUGAACAUUGAGUUGUUUGAGAAAGGAAAGAGCAGCUACAUGAAUUAGCAGCAGCACUAAACAUAAAGCGAAAUGCAAUGAACUCUGGCUGUUUGCAUGCCCCUUGUGUGAUGGCUAGCCUACCAAAAGUGAUUAAGUGGCUGGUAAAUUGUAAGAUCUUUUGGUGUUAACGCAAUAGGAACAGUGUAGAAUUUUUUUCCAUUUUUAGAAUGUUUUUGUUAUUCUCUCAUCUCGGACUGUUUGCAAAAAUCAGUCAUUUUCCAGGACUCCACCUUGCACCAAGCUCAUGAGGUGAUGCUGGCUAAGCAAUGCAUUCUUUUGAAUACGGGAAGUCUAAGCUGAUGCCACCAUCACUGGCCGAGCGUUUGAUCACCCUGCAUUUUGACUAAAAUUUCUUGUAUUCAUGCUAUCAUGAAAUCCUGUAUUUUCUUUACAUUUGAGGGUCAAGGAAUGGAAAAAAUAUGGGGAUGUUUAUCAAGGCCAUAUGUGCAAAUUGAGGAUAAAGAUUCGUUAAGCCAAAUGGAUCCAGUUACAUUAUGUAUGGUUAAGUAUGGACAUGUAUGGAAUUGCUUUGUCUCAUCUUAAGGGUUGCCACUGUGCCGAGACACUGAGCACGUUCCAUUACAUCAGGGAUGUGACACCUGAGGUCUUCCAUUUUGGACUACAACUCUGAUCAUCCCUGUCUGUUGGCCAUGCUGGCUGGGGCUCAUAGGUGUUCAAUAACAUCUAGAAGCCCCAGUUCCCUGUCCCAGCUUUAAAUCUCCUGAUGCAGCAAGAGAGAAGGUAGUUGCAGUCCCUCUUGGACCCUGUUCUGUGCCCCACUUUUUGACCUGUCAGUUGUGAGCAGGAGGAUUCCAACAUCAAGUGAGGGGAUGAUGAUAGGGACUGAACAGGGAACAAGUGUGAGGAAGAGCGACGGCCUUCUCUUGUGAGAGAUUAAAAGGAAUGUGCUCAGAUUGCAAGAUAACCACCCUGCGCCAUCUUUUAGAAUAAUUAGAUCAUUGUAACGUGUAUCAAUCAAAAAUUAAUUUUGAAAAAGAAUACACCUGAUAAGCUCUCCCAAUAACCACCUUCAUGUUUUAAGGAAACAGUAGCUCACAAUCCAAAGUACAAUUGGGGACUUAGCAGUGGGAUUUUAAAACUUUUUUUUUACCCCAUUAGAGUAGCAGCCCCCCUAACCCAUGCAAUAUAAUCUGCUUUUGAACGGCCCCAAGUUUCAAGAGUGGCUUUCCAUGUAGUGGGCAGCUGCUGUUCAGGAAUUGCAGAACAAGAUGAUGAAAUAGUGGGACUGAUUUAGGUAGCUUUUACUACAUAAAAUGCCUACUGUCUUCUGAGUCAGAAGCAGAAAGGCUGUAUUUUGACAAUAUGUUUAUUGUUGUCUCGGUACUUUGAACCACAAAGAUUACACAUUAUGAAUACUUUUGUAUAUAUGUAAAUAUGGCCCAGUGAGGUGAGAGGGAAGGAUUAUUGAUUCCAGCCAGAUCUUGGAAAAGUUACUUUUUUAAACUACAACUCCCAUCAGCCCCAGCCAGCAUAGCUACUGGAUUGGGCUGAUGGGAGUUGUAGUUCAAAAAAGUAACUUUUCCAAGCUCUGAUUCCAGCUAUAGAUUUUGUAAGUCAGAAAAUCAUGGUUUUACCAUAUGGGAAUAAUUCAUUCAAAUACAGAAAAAAUUAAAGAUAAAGCUAACAACCUGUGGUUAGAAUUGUCUAAAAGGAACACAUACAACCUUUCAGUUUCCCAUUUCCAUCAUUCUUUGGAUUUACAUUGAGAACUGGCAUAACUUUCAGCCUGUUUGAAAUACACAGCCUGAUUUUGUGCAUGUUUCCUCAGCGUUAUGCCCAACUUUCAGUGGGGCUUACUCCCAGGAAAGCAUGCACAGCAAUGCAGCCUUAAUAUGGAAAUACAUUUAUGGAACAGCUUUGGUGUUUAAUAACUUGAAACUUAUACAACAAAAAUUGAAAUUGCUAUCAAUGAAAUAUCUAAGUCAUCGAAACAUUUGAACUGAUAAGUGUUGGGCUUCAAUUCAAGCUCACUUCUCACAAAACGGUCCCCUAUGAAAGGUUUUUUAAAUAGUUGCACACUGUUAACAUUGUAUAUUCUGCCUGUGCACAUUAUUGUAAAACGUACUGGUUUACAGAGGCAUGGUGAGCCAUUGCACCCAGAUGCUGCUUUAUUGUGAAACAGACCUUAGAAAACCCAUCUGUUUAGGAGCCAUUCCAAGGUGCUGAGCACUCCCUACAGUUACAUUGCAAUCCUGUGCUUAUUUACUCAGAAAUGUGUUCAGCAUGUGCAGUGUGGUUUACUCCUUAGUAAGUGUGUGUAGGAUCUUAGCUACAUAUCUGGGAGUAAGUCCCAUUGAAUUCCUAUUGACUUCUGAAUAGACAGAGAAUUGCACUGUCUAGGAUAGGAUAAAGUGCUGAACUUUAUCCUUGCCCUCCUCUGUUUCUUUAAACUGAGUUAUGGCUGACUUGUGCUCAAAGAUUACCAAAUUUAAACAGUCUCUUCAACUUUAAAAAUAAAUCCAUCCUUGGCAUGUUAUCAGAGUUAAAGCCCAUCUCAUUUUGAUUAAAUAAAGGGAAGGGUUAUAAUUCCUGAAAUCUUAGCAUAUAAUUUGAUUAGUUAGCUGAAACUGAUAUUGGCAUCAACGUAAAGGCACACCUAUUUAUAGCAAAAUGUAAUUGGCAGGGAAAGUAACUAUAGUAUUAGGAAUAGCACAAAGUUAUCCAAAGCAUUGCUGUUGGCAUACAUCUGUCAGGUUAGCCAAAUGGAUACAGUUGUGGUACAUACCACUUUUCUCAGCUAAUUGGAGUAUGAGUAAGCACAUCUGUAUAAAAAGCAUUAAACUUUGACUUUUUUACA